AUAUAAGGACGUGGAAGACACUUUAACCCCUAGUAUAAAAUAUUUUGGUGUGGUUGAAAGUAAAGCAAUAAAAUGAAGAGCAAAACGGCGUCUGAACAAGUUUCCAUUACGGAAAGGUUUAUGUGGCUUUUUAAUACUCUGUUUCAUCAGACGUACGCUGUUGUAACUGUUUUCAUAUUUUGGACUAUUUUUUACAACAAUAAACUGGAUGCACAGUUUUCCUGGCACAUGAUACUUUCUUCCUUGGCGUACGUUCCUUUAAUGGGAGAGGCUAUAAUUCUGUUUGCUGGUGACAAUGUGUGGAGCAGAAAACUAGAACGAACUACAAAGUAUUGGAUUCAUGGUGUCCUUCUGUUCAUUAGUGCAAUUUUGGUCACAGUUGGAAUUGCUCUUAUGAUUGAUGAAAAGGGAGGCUCAGAACAUUUUAAGAGUAUUCACGGUUGGACAGGAUUAGUGUCUUGGAUCUUCGUACUGAUGUCUCAGUGUCUCGGACUAUUAGCAGCCAAAGCUCAAAUCUUUAGCAAACUGCUACCCCCAGUGUAUAUCAAAUUCCUCCAUAACUUUUUGGGGAUAUUAGGUUACGUUUUCGGAAUUGUGAGCUUGUGUUAUGGACUAGAAACACGAUCUUUUGCCAAAGUGACAUCUACAGAAGCUCGGACGGCAACGUACUCCCUCUUGGGCGUUACCACGACGUGGAGCAUCCUUGCAGCUUUGAAAUCUGGCUACAAUCAGUUAAAAACUAUUUUGUCUUAAUCGUCAUCGCCUCUUUUAAAUUAUUUUGAUAAACUUGUCGAUUGCCUCAAUCAAACUUUAUAGACGUUCCACUUAGGUAUAUCAUGUUUAUCACGGAUUAGCUCACUUCACCUAAGCCGAAUAACGAUCUUUAUUAUUUUAUAACAAUACUCAAUUGACGGAGAUGAAAGGGAUAAGUAUAUACCUGUCUAGAUAGCCCCUUUUUUCGGCAUAGUUAUUUAUUAAUUACCGAGAUUGUUAAUUAUAAUUUCUUUUGAUCCUGAGGCGUAACGGAAGAGACAAUCAUUAAGAAUCUGCAGCAUGUGCUUAUUGUAUUGUAUUGAUAUUAUCACGUUUAUUUAUUGGGAGAUACGACUAAUUUAAGUGCAAUAAAGUGCUCUCGUGUCAUUU